CCCUUCUUUCUUGAUCUAAUCUCCAUCUUUAUCAUUAUCUUUAGGAUUUUAUAAAUGCAUAUUUCUCCGCAUAGAAAGGGCACAAAAUUCGGAUUCAAAUUUGUUUUUUUUAUCGAUUUCAGUAGCUGGGAACAAGAUAUCGCAUUUCGUGUUCAUCGGUUUUAUUGCAACCGCUAAUUUCAGAAGAGUCAGGAGUGGCAAAUGAAAAUUCGAGGCGAUUGUGAUUGUGUUACGUCAAUGGUAGGGUUUUGAAGGAUUCAUUAGUGCAUCGAGGAAACACAAGUUUAAAUGGAUAGCCCUACUGCAUUUACAAUCUCUCCCCGUUCACUACGGAACUAUAAUGAGGAUACUCCUCGUGUGAAGAUUUUAUGUAGCUUUAAUGGUAGCAUAUUGCCACGUCCACAAGACGGGAAGCUUAGGUAUGUAGGCGGGGAGACACGCAUUUUGAGUGUUCCUAGGGAUGUUGGUUUCGAAGAACUAAUGGCGAGGAUGAAAGAGUUGUUCGAGGGCGCGACUGUUUUGAAAUAUAAGCAGCCUGAUGAGGAUCUUGAUGCCCUUGUAUCAGUUGUAGAUGAUGAUGAUGUGAUGAAUAUGAUGGAGGAGUAUGAUAAGUUGGGUUCAGGGGAUGGGUUUACUAGGCUCAGGGUAUUUUUGUUCUCGAAUUCUGAACUGGAUGAUCCAUUACAUUUUCUAGAUGCGGAUGGGAGGGAAAGUGAAAGAAGGUAUGUAGAUGCUUUGAACAGUCUUAAUGACUCCCCUGAGUCUGUUAAGCAGCAGAUGAGUGAGUUUCAAGGAAUGGCUCCUCUGGAUGACAUUCAGUUGACAGACCAGUACUUUAAUCAGUUAAAUUUGGAUGGUGGUAUUCAUAGUCAGAGGAAUUUUGAGUCGCCCAUAUCACCGCUUAACUUGCAUCACCUUACCAUCACUCAUCUGGAUUCAUUGCAGCACCAACAGUCUCUAAGCCAUAGGUAUAAUGAGAUGGAGCCUCCAAGGAGCCCUGCAUACUACUCUUCUCCUAUGCAGCCUGCAAACGACUUUCCAACUUCGCCUUCAUGUUCAUGUUACCAUGCUCCUUAUGGUGAACCACCAGACCGAAUUUUUGACAGAGGUCCUUCUGAAGAUUACUUCAGGCAGCAUCAUGUUAAUCAUCUUUCCCCAGUUGACCACCAGUCCCAAUUACAAGAGAAUGUUACUUGGUUACACUCACCACCUAUAUCAGGUGAAAAAGCUGGUUUUCCUAAUAACAUACUGCAUGGAAACAACAUGUUCGAAGGAAACAAUGUCUGUGACCACUGUCACCCGCCAUUCCCAAGAAACCAAGCUCCAGAAUUGCUCAACACAGGGAAUGGUUUUCAUCAGUUUGCCAAUCCAGGUGCAGAAAGCUCCCUUAGUAGGGAAGCAUAUAUGUCGGAACUGAAAUUUCCUCAUCAAUUCUACAUUAGAGAGCAUAAUGAUCCUAGACCUUUCUAUAAUGAGGCGCACCCUCAUGAAAGAGGAUGGGUGCUUCCGCAUCAGGCAAACACACAUGCUGAGGAACCUGGAUCACAUAACCUGGGAGGUGGAAGACCAAGUGAUCACUGCAUUUUAGACGGAAAUGGUAUGAAUGUUGCUGUUGCACCCACUGCAUAUCCAGAUAGCCUUCACAUGCCAUUACCUAAUGUUCGUCAUGACGAGCGUUCACAUUAUAUCCGUCACAGGCAUGAGUUUGGCAGUGAGUUGUUUCAUGAUCAACCCAUAGCUACUGGUUCUCACUUCCACACUCCGUACGAGGAGCGUGUAGCUCGAUAUGGGAAUUUUCCAUAUGCUUAUCAACUGGAUAAUCUUCACCAUGCACCAUCUAAUGGACAUGUACGUGCAAAUUCUUUCUGGAGAGAUGUUCAAAGUCCGAUGCAUGGGUCUCCAACAAAUGAAGCAUCCAUUUCACCUCAGCAAGAGAAUGGUACAAACAACUUUAUCAAGACAACAACAGAUUAUAUUCCUAGGAUUAAAAUGGAGGCAGAAAAUCAGAAUCCUCUGGUGGAAUCCGCUCCUAAAUUGGCAGGUUACGAUGGGGCUGAUGUUCCUGAUUAUUAUCCAGUACGCCCUUUAAAAUUGAUGCCAAAUUCUUACAAUCUAGAGGAUCACCACGUGUCUCCUGAACCUGUCCAAUCUCCUUCUAACUUGACUAGCUGUUCAAAUCCUAGUGAUUCUGUAGUAGGGUGUAACCAAUCACCAACUUUGGUUGAUGGUAAAGCUCUUUCUCUGAACACAAUGAAUAAAGAAGCAAUACGAAAUACCAAUGGCACUGAAUCAUUGAUGAAGAUAGAGGGAAAAGAUGAUUCUGAAAGAAAAGAGUUGAAAGGCGAAGCGAAUGUUGAGAACUCCACCAUGUUGCCUGUCCCAGACAGAACACAGAACACAAGUUUGAUGGAAUCCAACAAAGCUGUUGGUCCAAAUUGCUUACCCGUUGAACAAGUAGCUAGAGCUGCAAACCCUCAUGGAGAUAAUACUCCUCAUUCUCCUGAAAAGGAGGAUCUCAAAGUUGAGAUUUUGAGUUAUAUGCCUCAAUUUGUUGAAUCUGUUAAGAAAGCGGCACUAGAGUGUGCUGAGGAGGUAAAAGAUGAAGCUCAAGUUGUUGAUUCUGCCACGGAGAAUGCUGCUGAGGUCAGAGAGGAAACCGCACAUGAGUUAGAUGUUGUGGACGCACCUGGGGAUUUGGAGCUGGACUCUGAUACUGGCACUGAAAGCAAUUCAAAGAUCGAACCAACGAAAGCCGAGGAAGAAGCUAUUGCUAGGGGAUUGCAGACCAUAAAAAACGAUGACUUGGAGGAGAUACGCCAGUUAGGAUCUGGUACUUAUGGAGCUGUUUAUCAUGGAAAGUGGAAGGGUUCUGACGUUGCAAUUAAAAGAAUUAAAGCCAGUUGCUUUGCUGGGAAGCCAUCUGAAAGGGAGCGUUUGAUUGCAGAUUUCUGGAAGGAAGCUUUGAUGUUAAGUUCAUUACACCACCCGAAUGUUGUCUCCUUCUAUGGUAUAGUUCGUGAUGGGCCGGAUGGUUCUUUGGCAACCGUAACAGAGUACAUGGUUAAUGGAUCUUUGAAGCAGUUUUUAAAGAAAAAAGACAGAACUAUAGAUCGGCGUAAAAGACUUAUUAUAGCUAUGGAUACUGCUUUUGGAAUGGAAUAUUUGCAUGGAAAGAAUAUCGUGCAUUUUGACCUAAAAUGUGAAAAUCUGCUGGUGAAUAUGAGAGAUCCACACAGACCAAUUUGCAAGAUGAAUCUUGUGAACCAAAAUCAAUAUGACAAAUAUUUUGUAUUGAUUUCUAGUGAGAAAGAGAUAGGAGAUCUUGGCCUAUCAAAGGUUAAACAACAGACACAGGUGUCUGGUGGUGUUCGUGGAACCUUGCCAUGGAUGGCACCCGAGCUUCUUAGUGGAAAAAACCACAUGGUAACAGAAAAGAUUGAUGUUUACUCGUUCGGGGUUGUCAUGUGGGAAUUGCUCACUGGAGACGAACCUUAUACAAAUAUGCAUUGUGCUUCCAUAAUUGGAGGAAUUGUGAACAACUCGUUACGUCCAACGAUACCAACAUGGUGUGAUCCUGAAUGGAAGUCGUUAAUGGGAAGCUGUUGGUCUGCCGAUCCACAAGAGAGACCAUCUUUUCUGGAAAUUUCUCAUAAGUUGAGAACCAUGGCCGCAGCAAUCAAUGUGAAAUGAUAUGCUUAUCCACAAAUGAAGCCAUCACUUGGCCCAUGCGUUGAAAAUGGAGUCUCUGGUCAUGAGCGCAAAUGCUUCAAAGUUGUAGACAAGGUGGAGAGAUGCUCUGUUUUUCUGUGGUUUUGUUGAGGAGCUAGUGCUCCCACAGGCAAAGAAAGGUAAAGAUUGGUAUGUGAUAACGUGUAUAACAUAAUAUUACUGAAUACUGUAGUGUUCUGUUUUAGCAGGAUGAUAUUAUAUUUUACAACAUAGAAGCUUGGUCAAUUUUGAAUCGAUUCGUCCUUUCGCUGAUUA